GGUGCGCGAAGGGGCGGGGCACGGCGCAGGGCGCGGUGCGCACGCGCCUGGGGCCGCCGCCGGGGGCGGGAGGCGUUGACGCCCGGCUGGGGUGGUGGCUCCCGCGCAGGCGCAGACGGGCCGGCCCGCUGAGGCGGGGCCGCGGCGGGAGCCGCCCCGCCGGUGAAGGUUGGGCCGACCGGACGGGACUCGGCCCCACAGCAGCGACCCCUCGGGGAGCAGCUGUGAGCCCGUCACACGGAGGGAUGACCUCUCUAGGCGGGGACGCCGCGUGAGCGAAAGAGGCCUGUCAGUGUGAGUCUGGCUACUGGUCGGUCCCCUGACGGCUUCCCCAAGAUGCAAACAGUACGGCACUCUGAACACACCCUGAAGACGGCCCUCAUCUCAAAGAACCCAGAGCUUGUGAAGCAGUAUGAGCAGUUGGACCCCGGGGAGCAGCGCUUGCUGAAUGAGGCCUUCCGGCCAGACAGCGAUCUCUUUGGACCCAUCACUUUGCAUUCACCGUCAGACUGGAUCAUCUCCCAUCCUGAGGCUCCCCAAGACUUUGAAGAGUUUUUCAGUGAUCUUCACAGAAAGAGCCCUUCUCCAGGGAAGCAGACGAUUUACAUACAGUGCAUUGGAUUGCUGGGAAACACCAGAAGUAUCAGUGAGGAAUAUUUGAAAUGGCUCAAGGGCUACUGUGAAGCCUUCUUCUAUGGGUUGACAGUCAAACUCCUAGAGCCGAUUCCUGUCUCUGCAACCAGAUGUUCCUUUAGAAUCAAUGAUAGCACACGGAAUCUUCAGAUUCAUGCAGGGCAGAUCCUGACGUUCUUAAAAAAGAAGAAACCCGAAGAUGCCUUUUGUGUUGUGGGAAUAACAAUGAUCGAUCUUUACCCGAGAGACUCCUGGAAUUUUGUCUUUGGACAGGCCUCUUUGACAGAGGGCGUGGGCAUCUUCAGCUUUGCCAGGUACGGCACGGACUUCUACAGCUCACACUACAAAGGCAAAGUGAAGAGGCUGGAGAGGAAGUCUUCGAGUGACUACUCGGUGUUCGACGACUAUUACCUCCCCGAGGUCUCCAGUGCGCUGCUGCUCCGCUCGUGCAAGACUCUGACCCACGAGAUCGGACACAUCUUUGGCCUCCGGCACUGCCAGUGGCUGGCCUGCCUGAUGCAAGGGUCCAACCACCUGGAGGAAGCCGACCGGCGCCCGCUGGACCUCUGCCCCAUCUGCUUACGCAAGCUGCAGAGCGCUGUGGGCUUCCGGCUCAGAGACCGGUGCAAAGCGCUGGUCAGGUGGAUUGAUGCCGAGUCCACCGACACUCCUAGAGUUACUCCAAAACACAGUCGUGAGGAGCUGGUAACUUUGCCAAAACCUGUGGAAGCCUUUAAAGAGUGGAAGGAGUGGAUCACAAGAUGCCUGGCUGUUCUCCAGAAAUAAGGACCUUCAGUAGGAGUAAUUCAAAUAAACACGUGCACAUCAUGCUUUCUUUUGGCGGGAGUACUUCAUUGGAAUAAGCUGAUUCUGUGUUGUGUCUGGGCAGUGGAGUGGAGGUUUUUUUUUAACAGCACCUGAACUUUGAACCAUGGCUCAUUUAGAAUAAAAACUCAAAACUC